UCAAUUCAAUCCCCUUAGGCCUUAACUAUUGGGUUAUAUAUGUUGCUUAUAAAUACAAAUCACUCCACCUUCCCUAGUGUAAGCCUGUAAAGUUUCCAUUUUAAGACCCCAUUGGGUAACAGAGAUGAGUCUCCUGAGGAAGAGACCUGACGCUUACUCAAAAGUGGAGAGGGAAGACCCAGAUGAGAUAGCUCAUCGGCGGGCACAGUUCUUGAUCUACAAGGCAAUGGAACAAGCGGCGGAUACCCACUUGCGGAGUAGGCGGCCAUCUGCUCUGAGGGUGAGAAUAUGUAAAUUGAAGGUUAAGAUUGGAAAGAGAUUGAAGAUGAUGAGGAAGACCAUGUUCCCCAAUAUCUCUGCAGCUAGGACUAGCUUGUUCAAGAAAAUAAUGGCUCACUUGAAGUCUCUGAACCAUUUGGUUCGUGGGGGAGAGGCGGCCAUGGUCAGUCUCUCUCCUCCUCUGUGAAAUUUGAGUUUCUUCUUCUUCUUUCCUUUUUCCUCCCCUGAGCAUUCUUGUCUGAUGAAGAACAGAGUUGUUCAUAUUUUGAAAUUUUCCCAGAAGGAAUGGAGUUUUGUUUUUGGUUUUGUAGUUUCAAUCUCAUAGACAAUGCCUAUAACUCAGUAUUGUCUGUGUUCGACCAAUGAAAUGGAAUCAUAAAUUUUCUCUUC